UGAUGAAUUUCAAAACAAACAAAAAAGACACGUAAUUGUUUCUCGUGCGUUUUGUCAUCAAAAAGUUCCUGUUUUACGUGUAACAUGUCUCUAAUUAAAGCUGUAAUAUUGAUUGGAGGUCCUCAGAAAGGCACCCGAUUUCGUCCUUUGUCUCUCGACGUGCCAAAACCCUUGUUUCCUGUUGCCGGUCGUCCCAUGAUCCAACAUCACAUCGAGGCAUGUCUAAAGCUCCCGGAUUUGAAGGAAAUUUUAAUUAUCGGAUACUAUCCAACUGCCCAGAUCCAACAAUUCGUCGUUGACAUGCAAAAUUUGUACGAUUUGAACAUCAGAUACUUGCAGGAAUUCACUCCGCUGGGCACUGCAGGCGGCAUGCAUCAUUUUCGCGAUCAAAUUCGUGCGGGAAAUCCUCAGGCCUUUUUUAUCCUGAACGGAGAUGUUUGUGCUGACUUUCCUUUGGAAGAAUUGUACAAUUUUCACAUGGCAAAAGGCGGAAUUAUCACAAUUAUGGGUACGGAAGCGACGAAACAGCAGUCUGUGCAUUACGGAUGUCUUGUAACAGACAAAAAUACGGGCUCCGUGACGCACUAUGUUGAAAAGCCGAAUAGUUAUGUCUCGACUUUGAUCAAUUGCGGCGUUUACGUGUGUUCGCCGGAGAUUUUUCAAGACAUGUCGAACGUUUUUUAUGCGCGCCAACAAAAUUACGGCGGAUUCAUGAACGGCAAUAACGGAGCUGAGGUCAUUCAACUCGAAACUGAUAUUGUGACGCCCAUGGCGGGCACGGGAAAAUUAUAUGCCUUGCCCGUGUCGAAUUGGUGGUCGCAAGUUAAGACAGCGGGAAGUGCAAUUUACUCGAAUCGUCACUAUUUGGAGCUUUACAAGAAAACUCAUCCGGAACGUUUGACGAAUGCGGGCACCCGAAAUGACGGCGAAGGCGAUGGAAGUCUCAUUUGCACGAUUAUCCCGGAUGUUUACAUUCAUCCGACGGCGCAAGUGCAUCCAACAGCUGUGCUUGGACCAAAUGUUGCAAUUAGUGCAGGUGUCGUUAUCGGACCUGGCGUGCGAAUUCGCGAGUCAAUUAUCCUCGAUAACGCUGUGAUUCGAGAUCAUACGUUGAUUUUGCACAGUAUUGUGGGCAAAGGAAGCACAAUUGGGGCAUGGGCUCGUGUCGAGGGAACUCCAUCAGAUCCAGAUCCAAAUAAGCCCUUUGCUAAAAUGGAAAAUCCGCCGCUUUUUAACUCUGAAGGCAAACUUAAUCCGUCAAUUACGAUUUUGGGAUACUCGGUUACGGUCUCUGCGGAGAUGAUUUUACUGAAUUCGAUUGUCUUGCCACACAAGGAACUGACGAGAAGUUAUAAAAAUGAAAUUAUUUUAUAAGAAUUUGUUAAAAGUUGUGGAAAAAAGGAAUGGAAGGAGAGAAAAAGAAGACAUGCGACUUUUCGAUAUCCAAAGAAAGAAUUUUUACAUAUUUUGGUCUGAAAAAAUUUAUAUAAGAAUAAAGAGGAUUUGUACUGAAA